AUGGAACUUCAAUUAGUUCAAAACGGUUUCGAUUAUGUCCGCAAAAGAAAGAAAUGGACCUUCAUCUUACUUGCAGUAGGGUUUAGCAGUUACGGUUGUUACCGAGCUUAUCACGCACCUUUCAUAGCUCAAAAGCGAAAGAAUUUUUCUAAGAUUCUGAAUUCACUGGUUUCUGUAGCAGAAGCAGUUUCCGAUUCUGCAGAUACAAUUGGUAUUGUCACCAAAGACGUGAAGGAUUUUUUACAAUCCGAUUCUGAUCGAGUUCCUAAUAGUUUGAAUCAAAUCUCUAAAUUAUCUGCCUCGAAACAGUUUUCAGAUUCUUUGGUCAGUAUCGUUACUUCCGUGGUUGUUGGAGUCUUGCGCGGUUAUCAAACCGUGAACCGGACCGAUGAAAAUCAAUCCGGUGCCGGUUCAAAGAUUGCGGACCAGGUGUUUGAUAAAAUGUUUACACCAGCUGGUUCAGGUUUUGCUUCUGCUGUUAUUGGAAGCUUUGCUAGGAACUUAGUUAUCGGUUUUUAUUCCGAUGCCAAUGGGAAAUUUAGUGGAGAAUCGAGUUCAAGUAAUGGCAAUGGGAAUUCGAAUUCUGAUCCGGUUGUUCCGGAAUGGGUUGAUGUUGUUUGUGGUGGUAAAUGCGGGGAACUAAUUGGGAAUUUAGUUCAAGUGUUUGUUAGCACGUUGGUUGCUGUUUAUCUCGACAAAACCAUGCAUAUCAAUACAUAUGAUGAUUUAUUUUCGGGAUUAACUAACCCGAAAAAUGAAACUAGGGUUAGAGAAAUGUUGGUUGAUGUUUGUAAUGGUGCCAUAGAGAGUCUUGUAAAAACAUCUCACCAGGUGUUUAAUAGCUCAAACGUGGACGAUAAUUCGGGUGCGGUUUCUUGUUUUGGUAUUGAAGAAACUCCAAGUUCUAGAGAGGCAUCAUGUGUUGAAUCGAAAGGAGAUGUUUGUGAUGAAGAGAAUAAAAAUGGUUGGGUCAACAAGGUUUCGUCCACAUUGGCUAUUCCUAGUAAUAGGAAACUUGUUCUAGAUGUGACUGGGAGGGUCACGUUUGAGACCGUUAGAUCUUUCAUGGAGUUUAUUUUGCAAACAUUAUGUGCUUCUGUGAGAAGAUGUGCUCAUAAAGUUCACAAGGCAGUGGUCGAGGUUAUGAGAUAUGCUGCGGCUAAAUUCUCUGUUAUCUUCAUAAUAUGUCUCUCGUUAUGCCUGCACGUGAUGGACUGCACUUGGGCUUUGGUGCCUGCUUAA